CUUUAUUUUUAAUAUUUCUAUUAUUUUUUCAUAAUCUCUGCCUGUGGUUCUUUGUUUCAUAACUACACUGCCCUCUCUGUUCACGCGCGAGUACUGCAGUCUAUAAUCCCAUUAGGAAAACUACGCUUCCCAGAACCGCGAUCUUUCCUGCAUGACGUCAUGGUGCACGGAUGAAAACAGUCGCAUGAUACUACUAUUUAUUUCAAAGACAGAUUGCAUUUACAGGACUGAUAAAAACAGUCGUCCUUUCUGUGCUUUGCCAAAGACAUCACCUGUAAUACGUAGCUGUAUGAGCUCAAUGGCGUUAUCAGAGUGGCGUCUGUCUCUAAAGCUGCUGGAUCAGCCUUCUCUUCCCAAGUCCGUGCUGCAGUUUCCGGAGACUGAACCUGGAGAUGUUCCUCCCGGCGAGUAUCGGGUCUCUACUCUCAAGCAGCUGGUGUCAGCACAGAUCCCAGAUGCCAUACCAGAUCCUGAGCUCAUAGAAUUAGUGUACUGUGGCAGAAAGUUGAAGGAUGACUUGACUCUGGAGUCCUACGGGAUUCAGUCGGGAUCCACCGUGCACAUCCUGAGAAAGUCGUGGCCUGAACCUGAGAUCCAUCCUGAGCCAGUGGACAAGGUUGCGGCUGCGAGGGAGUUUCGUGUUUUGCAGGCAGCUCUUCACACCAGCACUGCAUACAGAGACUCGGUGUUCAAGAUGCUGAACAACAAGGAAUCGCUUGACCAGAUCAUUGUUGCAACACCUGGGCUGAGCAGCGAUCCUGUGGCUCUGGGGGUUCUUCAAGACAAAGACCUCUUCAUACAGUUCACAGACCCAAACAUGCUUGACACAUUGGCCAAUUCCCACCCGGCCCUGGUAAAUGCCAUCAUCCUGGUGCUGCACUCGGUGGCUGGCAGCGUGCCGCCCCAGCAAAGCGCCAGCUCCUCCAGAAACGUGUCUUCUAGCUCCUACAGCGACAUGCCAGGAGGUUUCCUCUUUGAAGGCAUGUCUGAUGAUGAGGAGGAAUUCCAGUCGGGAAAUCGCGGUGGGCCGUCCACUCUUGCUAGUGGCUUGGCCGGCAUGAGGCCAGCUACGCUCGGUUACAACGGCGCCGUGGGCCCCAGACCCAUCACUCAAAGUGAACUGGCCACCGCUCUGGCCCUCGCCAGCACUCCUGAGAGCAGCGCUGUUACACCAACUACAGCAAACCAGGGUCCCUCUUCAGGAGUGUCCCCAAUCCCUGCAGGCACUCCUAUAACCAACGACCUGUUUAACCAGGCACUGCAGCAGGCCCUGCAGGUGUCCAGCAUGUCCAGUUUACACAAUCAGUGGCAGUCGCAGCUCCAGCAGCUGCGGGACAUGGGCAUCCGUGAUGAGGAGCUCAUCCUGAGAGCCCUCCAGGCCACCGGCGGAGACAUCCAAGCGGCCCUGGAGCUCAUAUUCGCAGGAGGCGCACCAUGAAUCACGUCUCUGAAGUGAAACGUUAUUAUAAUGUUACAACCGAGGCAGAUUUACCACUACAUAUUCAAUAUUUGAACUACCUGUUUGAUAGCUUGGUUUAUUUUUAACUUAUUAUUGUCUUUUAUUUUUAGAUAUGUACAUUGAAUGCGGUGCUAUCAGUGGUUUUAAAGGGAUAGUUCACCCAAAAAUGAAAAAUCUGACAUUGUUUCCUCACUUGUUCCAAACCUAUAAUAAUUUCUUACUUCUGCUGAACACCGAGAUUUUUUGAAGAAUAUCACCAGACAAACUUAAGUAGUAUUUCUUCCAUAGUGUGGAAGUCAAUAGCUAUCAUCAACUGUGUUCAGCAGAAGAAACAAAAUCCUACAGGUUUGGAACAAAUGUCAGAAUUUUCAUUUUUUGGUGCACUGUCCCUUUAAGAGUAGUUUAGGGUCCAUGUUACAAUAUAUCACUUUUAUUGUGUUAAUAUAAUGUGUUUGUUCAACUGUUAUCCUGGCAGAUAUUGAUAGCUAAAAGCUAAAAUUUGAUGUUCAGACAAUCAUUGUUAUGUUUUAUUUUCUCAUUAAUUAAAAUCUUCCAUAAAUACCUCUGUAUUUGUGUGCAUCUUGAUCUUAUGAUGAACAAUUCAUCCAUGCAUGUUUUAUUUUAUUUUAAUUUAUAUGAAAUGUAAUUAAAAUGGCAUACCUUGAUCUUCUGGUGACUUUGUGACAUUAAAGGCAACAGUUUUAUGACAUUUUCAAUCGUUACUAAUAAACAGAGAUCACUGGAAAAUAAAAGUUAUUUAACCCUUUAA